AUGCAGGGAAUGGGGACCAUCCGGCUGGGGAGAAGGGCAGUGAUGUACACAGUGGAAACCAUUCCUAAAGGGAAGAACAGAGUGCUGGGGACCAUCCAGAUCAUGACUGGCUUCAUACAUAUUAGCUUUGGGAUCAUUCUCAGCACCUUGACCAGUGUAUAUACCUCAUUCUUUGUGUCUGGAGAGAUCCCCUUCUUGGGAGGAGCAUCCUAUAUUGUCUCUGGAUGCCUCUCCAUUGGUGCUGAGAAGAGCCCUACUGAAUGUGCAGUGAAGGGCUCCCAAGCCAUGAAUAUCAUUAGUGCCAUCUUUGCAUUACUUGGAAUACUGACUUUUAUAGUAGAUCUGAGCAUAAAUGGGCAAUUUCAUUCUGAAGAUAAUCAUCACUAUUCCUUGGUCAUGACGGGCAACAGGAUUGCCAUUGUGUUGCUGACAUUCACGAUUCUGGAAUUUUGCAUCGCAUCUGCCACUGCCUAUUUUUGGUGCCGGGCAACUCGCUCUGACUCCAACGAGGCCAUAUUGAUUGAACCAAACACUAUCAGGACAGAUGCUGAGAUCCCUUCCAUAGAGUCAUCUGCAAAUUAUCCACCAAAUACCAAUGAUGUAAGUUAUGAUCUAAAAGUAGAGACUGUAUAG